CGCCGGGUCAGCCAGCGCCCGCCGGACGCCAAGAAUAAUUAUGCCAGCGAACUUCGCCACGCCUCUUCCGCAGUCUCCGCGGUCCGACAUCCUGGAAUGGCGCUUCCCAAAGCCGUACCACAAUCUUACGCUCACGGGCCGGUCCCGCGCAGCAUGGCACACGUCAUUCGUCAUCCCUCAGCUCAACCUCCUUCUCGACGCCGGCCUGGUCGUCAAUAACCUCCGGCCCAAGCACAUCUUCUUGACGCACGGCCACAGCGAUCACACCCUCCUCACGCCGGCCUUUGUCAAGCGGAGCGACCCGCCGGACAUCUAUUGCCCGGCCGAGAUGAAGGACGCCCUGGACGGCUUCAUCAACGCCAAGACCAUGCUGAACGAGGGCGGGGGCAUCUGGCCCCCAGAAAGCACGUCUCCGUAUCUCCAAAAGUACAUCAACAACAAGAAGGGGGGCGAACCCUCUAGCCCGGACGCUGAAGACGGGGUGGCAAGACACGACCCGUCGUCACAAGCCGACGUAUUAAUAGAGGAUGAUGAUAGCCCUGCCCAAGAACAGCAACAGGACGCAGGAGACGACGACGCCGCCGCCGACGACGACGACGGCAUCCACCCCCUCCUACGCACCCACAGAACCCACCCGCUCCGGCCAGGCAGCACCGUGACGCUGGCGCGGCUGGCGGCCCCGCAGACCUACACGGCGACGGCGUUUGCGUGCGACCACACGGUGCCGUGCCUGGGCUACGUCUUCAGCGCCGUGACGCCCAAGCUCAAGCCCGAGUACCGCGGGCUGGCGGGCGCGGAGCUGCGGGCGCUGCGGCAGGAGCGGGGCGUAGAGAUCACGGCGCCCGUGGCGACGCCCGUCUUCGCCUUCCUGGGGGACACGACGGCCUCGGUGCUCGCGAGCGGGCCCGAGUGGCUUGGUGGCGGCGGUGGUAGUGGUAGUGGCGCCGGCGGUGUCCGGGUCGUCAUCACCGAGUGCAGCUUCCUGUGGGAGGAGCACCGCGACCAGGCCGACAGGACGCGCCACACCAUCUGGUCGGACCUGGACCCCGUCGUGCGGCGGUCCCCGGACACCGUGUUCGUGCUGAUCCAUUUCAGCCUGCGCUACUCGGACGAGGAGGUGAGGGCCUUCUUCCGGGAGAGGGAUGUGCCCGAGAACGUGGUCGUCUGGGUCGACGGGGUGGGAGGAUGAUGGAGAUGGCGAGAGGGAGGUAUUAAGUAGACCUAGAAGAAAGAGAGCUGAGCGUCAACAUGAGAAGAGUUACGAGUUCUUUCGGUUGAAAUAGAUAUCAUUUAUCUUACUAUGCGGAGAUUGGGGGAGAGGGUGCCUUGAAAGUAAUAAUUAAUUAGGCCGUCUCUCCGCG